GUCUCAUCUGUACACAUCUAGUUUGCGUUAUUUAUUUCGUCUAGAGUCUAAAUUUGCUAUAAUCUUUCGAUUCUUCUCCAAAUUGUAUCAUGCGGGCCCUAAUCAAAACUGAGCGUUUCCUGAGCAUAUGCAACGGAAAUUCUCGUAAUUAUGGCAAACAGAAUAACAACGAGCACACAAAGCCGAUUAAAACUCAGCCCGAAAAGGAAAGGAGCCUUGUUGCAAAACUGUUUUUCUAUGUGAAAACAUGGGUAAAACAAUUUCAGGCACAACCAACUUUAACAUCACCUAAGGAUAAUGCCAAAAUCAGCGAAGUGAAAAACAAACAACAGCAUGCUAAUUUAUUGGCCAAAAUAAGAAAAAAAUCAAUAACCAGAAAUCAAUCAAAAAACCAAGUUAGUAAAGCGACCCGAAAUCCCGCUUCUGUAGAUAUACGGAGAGCAGAGUCGCUUAUCUUCCCCGGCCCACAUUUAACAGCAAAUCUAGUUAGUAAAGCGACCCGAAAUCCCAGGUCUGCAGAUAUACGAGGAGCAGAGCCCGAUAUCUUCCCCGGCCCACAUUUAACAGCAAAUCUAGUUAGUAAAGCGACCCGAAAUCCCCGUUCUGCAGAUAUGCGAGGAUCAGAGUCCGAUAUCUUCCCCGGCCCACAUUCAACAGCAAGUAUCUGUGCACAGGCAUACGCUCUGCCCGCAGAUAAGCCCACUCGACACCUGCGCAAAGCUACCCCAUUGCGCUCAAUUAAAGCUGGCCAAGUGAUGCUGCCUCGUCUGAAAGACCAAUUACCCAAUUAUCCUGUUAUACCGCUGCAGCUGACCCUCAAUCGUUAUUUAAACAGCCUGCAACCGCUUUUCAACGAGAAGGCCUUUGAAAUGGAGCAGAAGCUGACACGCGACUUUCUGCAGAACAAGGGAUGUGAACUGCAAAAGCUGCUUCAGGAAGCUGGACAAACUGAUGACAACUGGCUCACCGAGCGCUGGAUAAAUGUCACCUUCUUGCGUCAUCGUUCACCACUAACUGUCUAUUCCAGUCCUUGCAUGGCGUUUCCUAAGCAACAUUUUCGUAGUACUUUUGAAUUUUUGGACUUUACGGCCAAGGCCAUAUAUGCCAUGUGCGAGUUCAAUAAUCUGGUGGAGAGCAAUCGAAUACCCGUAUCCAGAUUGGAUGGCUUUGAGCUGGAUAAUAGCCAACUCCACAAAGUAUUUGGCACGGUCCGCAAACCGCAACGCAACUGCGAUGUCCUGCAACAGUUCGGAUCCAAAUAUGUUGUUGUCAUACACAAGAAUAAUUUCUACAAGCUACCCGUUUACUGCACGAAGCAAAAAUAUGUGUAUAACGUGUUUCAGAUCAGAAGGCACUUGGUGGAACUUAUUAAUUCAGGAUGUCCCAAGGGCCCAGCAAUUGGUCUGCUCACCCACGACACACGCAACAACUGGGCCGAAGGCCGUGAAAUGCUUUGUCGCAAAGAGCUCGAUGCCUAUGCGAUUCGGUGCAUCGAACGGGCGCUCUUCACAGUCUCGCUGGACGAAUAUGUUGAGGUGCCUGAAGGCCAGGAGCGUUCCAUGCUGGCUGCUCAGCUUUUGCAUGGCGGCGGCUUGCACAUAAAUAGUGCCAAUCGCUGGAUGGACAAGACACUGCAGCUGAUUGUCAAUCCCAAUGGUAUGGCCGGCUUCUGCUGUGAGCAUGCGGCCGCGGAGCCGUAUCCGGCGGCCAGCAUUAUGGACUAUAUAUUAAAGAACAUUGUCAAUCCGGAAUAUGGAAAGGACUCUCACACCACGGACCCAGCUGAGCUGGUGGAACACCUUAGUUUUGCGGAAGUCGACGAAUGCGUCGGUUUCUGGUUGACGGCGGCGAAGCUCAACAUAAAAGAAAUCACUAGACGUUUGAAGCUGCAUGCCUUCCAGUUUGAUUGCUACGGCAAAAGCUUCAUCAAAUCCCACGGACUUGCACCGGAUAGCUUUGUGCAGAUGGCACUGCAGCUGGCCUUUUAUAGGCAGCACAAGAAGCUGCCCGUCCAGCACGGAUCGGCACAUUUGCGCAUCUUUAAAAAUGGACGCAGCGAAGUCAUACGUUCAACUUCCACAGAAUCUUCGAACUUUGUGCUUACCAUGGUUUCGGAAAAUGCCACACCUAGGGCUUCCUGGUUGGCAAUGCGCACCGCAGUGGACGCUCAUCGGCAUCAGACAAUGCUGGCGCACCAGGGACGUGGCGUGGAUCGCCAUUUGUUCGGUUUAAAACAGAUGGCGCUUGAACAUGGCAAGCCCUUGCCCUACUUCUUUAACUCUGCGGGUUAUCUGAGAUCCAAAAAUUUUCGCAUAGUCAGCUCCCACCUUACGACACCACAUGACUCUUUCAUGGCUUAUGGACCACUCAACUCGGAGGGCUAUGGCUGCUGCUAUAAUUUGCGCGAUAAUGAUAUAACCUUUGCCAUUUCUGGCUGGGAUGAAAAUCCAGAUAUCUCAGUCGCGCGUUAUUGCUCGGCAAUUGAAUCGGCUCUGACCGAUAUGGGGCAUCUCGGGAACACGGACAGCCCCAAUUCCACAGCCAAGGAUGUGGGUAACAGCAUGCAGCACAAGAAAUAGCUAAAGUUUAUUUUUUAUUUUUAUUAUAUGUACCUAGAGAUGGAAAUAACUUAAGUGGCUCAGGCAUAAAAUUUAAAUACAUUUAUUUUUUAAUUUCA